AUGCCCAAAAAAUACCUUGCUGAGACACUAUCUGUUUUCGGCAACGAAGCGCCACAUCAGUCGACAACUUCUCGUUGGUAUGGAGAAUUCAAACGUAGGCGGGUAAAUCUUAGCGACGAUCCCAGGGUGGGUGCAUUAAAUACGGCAGUCACCCAGGAAAACGUCGAUCCUGUGCGCAAACUCAUCAUUGAAGAUAGACAUGUGACAUAUCGCGAGAUUGAGGUGUCCUUGAAGAUCUUAAAGACCUCCAUUCAAAAAAUUUUACAUGAAGAAUUAGGAGUAAGAAAAUUAGUUUCUCCUUGGAUACCCUACCUGUUGACUGAAGAGCAGAAAGCAGCCAGGGUUAAUUGGUGUCAAAAAACGCUUGACCGCUUCAAUUCCGGAAACUCAAAAAAUGUGUACAGCAUUGUUAGUGGUGAUGAAUCGUGGAUUUACUGUUAUGAACCAGAAGAUAAACGACAGUCGGCUGUUUGGGUGUUCCAAGGUGAAGGAAAGCCAACAAAAAUGGUCGCGACAUUUGUGCCAAAAGCGGGUCAUAUUUCAACAAUUCCUCUUAAUGAGCAAAGAACUGUUACUGCGGAUUGGUAUACCACCAUUUGUUUGCCAAAAAAUCCCGAUCUAAGUGGUCAAAGGUUCCAGUCACCAGAAGAAGCAGUUGACGCAUUCAAAAAUGCCGUUUUGGAUCUGCCAGCAAACGAGUGGAAUAAGUGCUUCGAAAACAGAUUCGAGCGCAUGCAGAUACGAAGGCAAAGCUCACAUACUGAGGCAGUUCAAUAA